UUCACAACGUCCUAAUAUGAAUAUUCCGUAUUUAUUUGUGUGUUUAAUUCUCGUUCUGUGGAUUUAUUGGCUGUGGAUACGGCGAAAGUUCUAUGCGUUAAUGUUGAAAAUUCCGGGACCAAUGGGUUAUCCUCUCAUCGGUAUGGGUACUCAAUUAAUGCGUCGAGAAGAUGUACUUAAGACAUUUAAUAAUGAAACCAGAAAAUAUGGUUCAAUAUUAUUUUCAUGGUUGGGUCCUUAUCCUUUUCUGGUGGUCACUGAGCCAGCCAUUGUGCAAGAUAUUCUAACAUCACGUUAUUGUGUCAACAAAGGCGUCAUAUACGAUGCAUUGGAUGAUGGAACUGGUAAAGGAUUAUUCAGUUUAAAAGAUCCGGAGUGGAGUGUUCACCGAAAAUAUUUAAAUCCAGCAUUUGGUCAUAAAGUUUUGCUAAGUUUUAUACCCACAUUCAAUGUGGAAAUAAAUAAACUACUUAAAAUCAUAGAACAUAUGAAGUCAAAAGAAUCUGUGGAUAUGAUGGAAAUACUGCAGGAAUUUACCCUGGAUAUAGCAACUAAGACAACAAUGGGCAAAAGUGUGUCGCAGGAGUCGAAUGAAUCGAAUACAGAUUUAUUGUCGAACUACCAGUGUGUAUUAGAGAAUAUGACUGAAAUGUGCUUUGCACCAUGGCUAAGAUUUAAUUUUGUGCGUUGGCUACUGGGAAUUUAUGAACCAUACCAUGGAGCCAAAAAGAAAAUUCGAAAAUUUAUUAGAAAACUUAUUGAGCAAAAGUUGUCUAAAGUAAACCAUGUUGCUGAUGGUGGUACCAAGAAUAUAUUCAUCGAUCUGGCCAUAGAUUUAAUGAGACGUGGUAAUUUCUCUUGGCAAAAUGUCGAAGAUGAAUCAAAUGUUAUUGUAUUUGGGGCUUUCGAAACAACAGCCAAUACGAUUGCAUACACUUUGAUGCUGCUGGCCAUGUUCCCGGAAUAUCAAGAGAAAGCAUUUGAAGAAUUAUUUUCUAUAUUCCCCGAUCGAGGAUAUUUGGAAGUUACCUACCAAAAUACUCAGGAUAUGAUUUAUAUGGACAUGAUACUCAAUGAGACUAUGCGUAUUAUGGCCCCGGUGCCAAUUGUCUCCCGACAGACUUCACAUGACGUUAGACUAUCGAACGGUGUUAUCUUACCGAAAGGAGUACAAAUAGCAAUAGACAUUUUCCACAUGCAUCGACGAGAGGAUAUAUGGGGACCAGAGGCUCAUUUAUUUAAUCCAUACAACUUUCUGCCAUCUAAUAUGGAGGGAAAGCAUUCCUACGCAUUUAUACCCUUUACCAAGGGGAUACGAAACUGUAUUGGCUGGAGAUACGCUUUGUUAUCGACAAAAGUUUCAUUGGCCAAGUUGUUGAGAAAUUAUAGAUUUUCAACCGAUUUUAAGUAUGAAGAUUUAGAAUUUGUCGAAGAUAUUACCUUGAAAUUGAAAACUGUACCCUUAAUGACCAUGCAAAAUCGAACUGUUUAAUUUAAUAAGUAUUACCUAACUAAUUAAGUGUAAGUCAUUUAUAAUUUGUUUAGUUAACUAUUACGAAAUUCUACUUAUCUAAUAAUGUAUCAUAGUUUUUUUUAAUAGACUAAAUACAGAUAUUACUAAUGUCGU